AGCAUAGUAAGCAAGAGAGAUAGAACUUGAGCCAGACGCUGUACAUUCACUGAACUCCAUCCUGUCUAUGCGAACAAGACUGUUGUUGGAACAGUUUUAUAUUGACCAGCAGAAACUGUUACUCAAGCUAAACACUUGACACUAUAAUGGCUCCCUCCUGUUUAGGUGGAAGUGACAGUGGUUGGGAUAGUUAUUUAGUGAGCAGCAGCAAACUCAAGUCAGACACUGGACAUGUACUGACAUCCAAACUGUCUAGGUGGAAGUGACUGUGGUUGGAAUAGUUGUCUAGUAAGCUACAGAAUAUUUCAAAUAUUAUUCUAGCUAGGCACUGGACAUGACCUAACCUCCCUCCUGUUGUGGUGAAAGUGAUUGUAGAUGAAACAGUUGUAAAGUGAGCAGAGGGACUGUAACUCAAGCCAAACAUUUGACCCUAUAAUGACCAACCUCCUGUUUAGGUGGAAGUGACAGUGCCUGGGAUAGUUGUCAAGUCAAGAAUCAAAAGCCAAGUCGUGUCAGAAAUAUUAGCCAAUCAGAUGCGCUGUUACAAGACUGGUUACGACAGGUGUCAGACAUUUGUAAACAAGAAGUUGACAACCAACAAAAUAUGCCUGCUCAGAAAAAAUACGCAAACAUCCAUGAGGCAGUGAAUGCUGGGGAUGUUGUGGCCUUGGAGACGAUGGUGAAAGCAGCGGCCAACAUCAACGAGGUCAACGAACGAGACAAGUUCACUCCCCUGCACUGCGCAUGUAAUGUGGGGGCUCUUGAAUGUCUUCACUGGUUGCUAUGGCACGGCGCUGACACCACGGUUACCACUCCUAAGGGUUGGACCCCUGCACACAUAGCCGCAAUACGGGGUCAAGACGCAUGCCUACAGGGUCUUGCAAACAACAACGUGAACCUGAGUGCCAAGGACCAUAGAGGCAGCACACCGGGCCACCUGGCCGCUGCACACGGGAACUCCUUCACCCUCAACACCAUCCUCAGAUCUGGCACAGACAUAAACACAACAGACAAGAAUGGCUGGACGCCGGUACAUGCUGCCUGUUACCAUGGGAGACUGGGCUGUCUACAACUACUCAACAAGUGGGGCGCCAGUAUUGACGAAUGCGAUAAUAUCGGGAAUACCCCAGCACACUACGCAGCAGCCGAGGGUCACCUGCCCUGCCUGAAAUUCCUCGUCAGCACGGGUAUCAGCCCAACACACGUGCUGGGCGCCCGUAACGACCAGGGGGAGACACCUAAGGACCUUGCCCAGCAGUUCUACAAGGACGCCAUCAUUGAAUACAUCAACGGCAUCGAGUGGGAACGGGAUCACCCAGAACAGACUGAGAAUCUGGCAUUCCCUGCUCAUGUGGCUGCAUUCAACGGUGACCUUGACCACUUGAGAAUGCUGGUGGAGAAUGGAGUAGUGAACAUCAAUGAACGUGAUGACAAGGGCUCAACACCCGCGCAUAAAGCUGCUGGGCAGGGCCAUGUGCACGUGCUACAGUGGCUUAUAGAGAUGGGCGCAAACCUGUCAAUUACAAACCAAUCAGGCGAGACCCCGCGUGACGUGGCCCGGAGAUUCUCCAAACUGGCGUGUGUCAAGCUGCUUGGUCGAGAUCCACUACUCAGGGGGGAACAAGAGGAGGCCGAAGAUCUUGGAUAUCCCGCACACCUUGCAGCAUUUUCUGGAGACCUGGAACACCUGGCAUCCCUCAUAGAGAAAGGCGUCAGUAAUAUCAACGAGCAGGAUGAGAAAGGGUCUACUGCUGCACAUAAAGCUGCAGCCCAGGGUCAUGCCCACAUUCUUAAAUGGCUGCUAGAAAAGAAUGCGGACAUGUCGCUACGCAACACUCAGGGUCGUACACCGCUAGAUGUGGCACGCAGAUAUGGCAACAAAACAUGUGUGAAAAUUCUUGGCGGAAACCCAGAUGACUUACAACACCUGGAGGAGUGGUCGGAUGAAGAAGCAGGAGGGACAGAGGGAAAUACAGACGGGGCCUCCAUCUCUGUCAGCGAUAAACAGAAGAAAGAAUCCCGAGGUCGGGCCCGACGUAAAGUCGAAGACUUGGAGCGACUGCUGGAGAUUGCCAAGAAGAAUUACACGCAGCUUGGCGGGUCACUGCCAGAGGAUCGCAAGAGGCUACAGACCAUCAAAGACAAGGACAAAACAAUCAAUGAACUAGAAGCUCACCUGGACUACGAGCGAUUACGUCGUGAGAAACUGGAGGCCCAGCUCGACCAGCUCGAGACAUGGCUGACUUGAGCUACCGUCUGCAGGCAAAACUAGGGGAUGACAGUGAUUCGGAAUCUGAUGCUGGAUACGGGCACCAAUUAAGACAGUCUACAAAACAACGAGUUGUGAAGAAGCGCUCUGGCUUGAAGAAGAGAUCACAAGACGAGGGAGGAGUGUUCAUCAAAAGAAAUGUGUCCAAAGAGAAACGAGGGGCAAGAUAUCAGAAAGUUGUAUGAGAGAUAAAUGUUUUUUUUAUAGGCGGGUCAUUUUUUAAGAUCUGGGUAAAGCUGUUGAAGUUUUAAGUCUGUUUGCUUAACCCUUUACCACUCUAAUACAUAUUUUGACUCAUUCAUAGUCCCUGAGAAGGCUAAAUUUAAUUAAAGACCUUUCUUACUUUCUUCAAGUUUUACAGGCUUCAUUUCCAACCCUAAGAUACUGAUGAGCAGCAAACAGCAUAAAGCCUGAACAGACUGCGAGUUACUCGCAGGUUGUUCUGGUUUUAUACUGUUUGCAUAUAGCAAUUUUCACUUUGCUUCUGAGUGGGAAAGGGUUAAAUUUAGGUAACAUUAUAGUCUGCCAGGUUGUUUCUUUUGUUUUCGCAUAACACUCAGUCUCAUUUGAUGAAGAAGGUAUACAUAGCUGUAUUUUAGUUAAUGUUAAUGUAGUGCAUUUUAAUGUUGUUUUCAUUUUCUGAAACGAUUUAUUCAAGAUACUCUAUUUAUAUUUUAUAUCUUUAUCUACCUAUAUGGUGAAUAUAUUGCUUCAGUAUUUACGUGUUAAUACAUAUUAAAAAACAUUUUGCAUUGUAUGUGUUGGUUACUCAUACUGCCAGAAACCAUUAUUCGCAGUUUUUUGUUGUUUUAAAUGCAUGUUUAAAUUUGUUUUCAAUAUCAUAUCAAGGUGUGUAUUGUUAAUUAAUUCAUAAUGUAUAAAAUAUCUUAAAUGCUCCAAAGAAAACACAAACAUACAUUUAUUUUAUAUGAAAAUGGGUAAAAAUAUAAAAUCGUAUUAGGCAAUAACAUUGCAAAUUAAAAUCUAAUUGUUGUUUUUUAAGCUUGCAUUUUGAAUCUUCAUUUGGUGUUUUUUGGGAUUACAAGAAUAAUGUUAUGAUGGAAAAAAUGCUUGUUUACUUAAAUUUCAUCAAAUAUAAGAGGGAAUGUCAAAAGAUAAUAUUGUUCCCAAAUAAUUAUGUUCCAAAUAUGGCAUUAGUUUUCUAUCAAUUCUGGACAUAUAUGAUUUUUAUGCUCCCGGUAGGGUGGCAUAUAGCAGUUGAACUGUCCGUCAGUCCGUCUGUCUGUCCGUCCGAAAUCUUUAACAUUGGCCAUAACUUUUGCAAUAUUGAAGAUAGCAACUUGAUAUUUGGCAUGCAUGUGUAUCUCAUGGAGUUGCACCUUUUGAGUGAUGAAAGGUCAAGGUCAAGGCCAUCCUUCAAGGUCAAAGGUUAAAAAAAUAAUCCAAGGGAAGUAACAAGCUUUAAAAGGAGAUCAUUUAUAUUUAUCAUUUGGCAGGCUCAGAUCAUUUUCACAAGGGAAGUAAUAUUUAUAAAAGGGAUAUAAUCAAAAAAAUAUAAUAAAUCAAAGCGGCGCAAGGGGGCAUUGUUUUUCUGACAAACACAUCUCUUGUAAAUUUGUACUAUUUGCUUAAGCUGCCAUAGCAUUUAUUUUACAAACAUAAAAGUGAAUAUUUUAUUACAAAACCAUCUCUCCGUGACAGUCAGCAGAUAAGCCAAACAAGAUUGUAAGUUGUCACGAUUUCAAGGCAAUGCUAUUAAGUAACUUUGGAUAUUUUGUAGCUUUGAUGAAAUGUGAUAAUAUGUCAAUAAAAUCCCCAAGGUCUGAAUUAAUAUAUGAGCACACCUUAUAACCAUAUGGUGUGUGUGAUUGUGAAUUAAGUUCAACCUUUUCAUAUUGUAUGGUAUUAUUUACAUAAUACAAUUAUGUACGUCUCACUGAUUGUUUACCAAUGGACACCAACUGAAAAUAUAUCAUACAGUAUUCAACGCGCAAACUUGCUUGUAUUGUCAUUGAAUUAUCAUAAUGUAGUAAUAAAUAUUAACCUGUGUUUAUUGUUUGAUUCAUGAAAGCAAGUAGUAGCAAGUUAUUUCUUUCUUGGUAUAAAACAUCAUUGCAAAAUACGCACUUAUUAAAUAUUAAAAUUUUAAUAAUUUAAUUUUUAAUAAUUUCCCAUUAAUUUAACCUCUACGUUGAUAUCGACCUGCUACAAAUGUGUCUGAUAUGUAGAUUAUAUCUGUUUAACAGGCGUUUAUAACAGUCAAUGAUAAGUGGUUCGUCUUAUUAUUCUGAACCAACUAUAGUUACCUUUGUCGGUGAAAACAAAUCAAGAUGCAGGCUUUCCAGCGUUCCUAGUAUUUCCUAGUUUAAAAAAAAAUAUGCUCCUAGUUUUUUUUAGUUUUGUCAAAAACCUCCUAGUAUUCCUUGUUUUUCAUUUAUUUGGCACUUCUUUGGAUAAGAUAAAUCUGUCUUUUAAUGUGUUUUAGAGAUUUUGUUUCAAAAUAGGACCUUCAGGUUAUUGAGCUGACAAUAUUUGGUAGUCUUUGUGGGGUCUGGUGUCACUGAUUACAUAGUCUACCCUUCACAGGUGAUACCUGAAAGUUGGACUGAGCUCUGUGAUGACUACACAUGAAAACUUAUGGCUAUAUUCUGAAACGUUCCUCCACUCAACCCAACCUCAGUUAAAUCCAAUCAGUAUAAUUACGCACAUGAUUUUAUCUAACAGUCCUCUCUUUCACUCACACUGGUAUUCACAAAUGUUAGGACAGCUUAAGGUUUCUUGACUGAGGGAGGAUAUGGUGAGGUAGCUAAGUUGUUCUUUGAGCCUCACUCAAAGUGUUUUUUUAUGAAUACCGAAACAGCAGCUCGUACAACUAUGUGUUUAUUGUGUUCGUUUUUGUUAUUUCAAAGUGUGGGUAAUUUAAAAAAAAUACACUGUAUCGCGAAUUUGGAACCACAAAAUCUUGUGUUAAUUAAUGGAUAUAAUAUUUAUUCUGGAGCACUUUGGUAAUGGCUCUUUUUUUAGAUUUUAUAUACCACUUUAAUCUUGUGCGCAUUAAGAAUAAGAUAGUAAACAACAUUUAAUUUGAGGAAACCAACUUAUGUCAGUACUAAAAAUCGCUUUUUGUGACAUUUUUUCAGGUGAGAGUUUAAAUUAGUGUUUUGAAUGAUAAUAUUUUAAUGCGAGGAUUGUUGCCUAUCAAUUAGUGUCGUUUAAAAUUAAUUGCAUUAAAUGUUAUAUAGCCGUCAUUUACUUGUAAUAGUAUAAUGAUGCAUAUUUACAGCAAUGGUCAUGUAUUAGACAACGUUCACAGUUAAAGCGGGUAUGCAUGACCUUGACAAAUGUUUGUUCAACAAAAGUAAACGUCUUAAAAUUUGAUAUACAUGCAGUUCAUUAUUAAUUUAUAGACCCUUUCAGAAUGACAUGUGUCCGAAAAUGUAAAUUUCGGAGGAUAUUUAAAUCAGAAAUUACACUCAACUGUACAGACAGUUUUUGCAUCAUGUAAUAAUAAUAAUGAAGAUGAUUCCAUACAAAAACCAUUUUGUUGGUUUAUAAGUUUUAUUUGCAUUUUUCAAUUAUUAUAUCGAUAUUUAACAUAAAAUUACUCUUAUCUGUAAUUUGUUGAAGUAAAUAUGCUUUAUAACAAUGUUCAAGUGAGGAUAUUGAAGAUUUGUUUCUCAAUUCCUGACUCUUAUUUUUUUCAUAGGAUAAUACAAUAACAUGCAAAUCUAUCACUAUAGUAUGUGUGGUUUGUUUGUCAAAACAAGAUCUUUUUGCAAAGCUGAUCUAAGACAGUGGGAUUCGUUAUUUGAAAAUGUUAUUAGAUCAUUUAUAUAUGGAGGUGCUAAGUGGAAAAUGGUUUUAUAUUUUUGUAUCACAGUGUGAUAAUUUACCCUGUCAUGAAAUGUCAUCCAAAUCAAUGUUUUAAAUAGUUUAAUGUAGAUUAUGCAUGUACACUGUAAUACUAAAUGUAUAUUUACUGACUAGGCCAAUCAUUAUUGCUCAUAAUGAUAACAUGUCGCCGUUUACGAUUAUUUUUACGAUUCAGACCAAAAUCAUUCGUUUCGCACUGAUUUUACUAACACACAAAUGCAAUGGUUGCUGUUUGAAAAUAUAUACGUAUAAGCUCUCUCCUUGUCGGCAUAAAGCGCAUAAUUGUUCUAGCUGCAUCAAAUGAAAUGUUACGCCACCAAAUGUUCUUUGUUCUUGAAUAUUUGGCGUUCUUUCAACAUAUGUGAUAAAACUAUUACAGAUAGAUAUAUGUUAAAAUCACUUAAAUGAAUAUGAUAAUAGUACAUGUUUAUGCCGAUAAUUUAAACAUAUGAAACCAUUUAUAUGGUUUGAUUUUAAUUUAAUAAAUCAAAGUGGAAGCUGCGUUUAAUCAAUGUUAUAAAGCCAGCAGCUGCACAUAACCUCUAACCUGUAAUAAAUAUACAUUUGUUAGUCCGAUAGUUUUAUCACAUCACAUCACAUAUUUACAUUUGAAAAUGAUAUUUCAUAUAUGCUUAUGGUGUGAUGUAAGUUGGCAUCUAUGGCUUUUUAGUUUUUGAUGUGGUUUCGUAAGUGUUUAGAAAAUUUAUUAUUUGUCACAUAGAAGAUAGAAGGCUUAUAUUUAAGAUAGCAAGUAUUAAUAGCAUACCAUAGUUUAAUUGUAUUGCAGACCGUGCAGAUAUUGUGCCUACUUACUGAGGCAACACACUGAAGACUUUGAAUCUACAAAACAAAUAAUGAUGAUACUACUAGUAAUAAUGUUUCUGAUAAAGUCGCGCUUCGAAUAUGCUACCCAUUCCCUUGUUAUAUUCGUACGCAUUUGCCUUUUGAUUUUUUUAUCAAGUUGUAUAUGUACAGAAUAAAAAAAUACAUAUAGAAUCACUGAAAUAUACAAAAUAUUUUUGUCAGCGCGAGCAGUCACAAAACAAGCAGUGUUAUUAUAACAUAGCAUUAACACUCGUCACAUACCAUAUUGAAAAAAAACAUUAAUGAAAUUGUGUUCAUAUAACAAUAUUUGAUUGUAAUAUAUAUUUAGUAUAUGAUAAAAAGGUGAUUGUUUCCACUAAAUUCGCCAAAUAAAAUAAGGGUAGGUAUA